UUAUUUCUUAUAUGGACUGCAGAUUCUGCACAUGCAACAAUGAGUGGAGUUUCUGAAACACCCCAGAAUACAAGAGAUAGGUUAAAGAAGAGUUGGGAUCCUUUCCUGGUGACACCGGUGUGCGAUGAAGAAGAGAAAACGGGACGAUGUGUUCUUCUCUUCAGCAUCGUAAUCUGUGCCUUGGUUGGACUUCUUGUUGUUGCAUCGGGAUUUUUUAGCAAAGUAACCCUCUUGUUACUGGUGGCCAUGACAAAUGAAGCCUCGAAUCUUUCAAGCAAGCCUUUUGGCACCCUUAUUAUUGGCAUUGUGUUGGUAAUACCAAGCAUUCUAACGUUUAUAAAGAGCAUGUGGAAGCUGAUUUUUACACAUUCCCCCAGUCCCCGUAAAGGUGAUGUGCUUAUGGUUUGCAUUAUCGAAGCCCUCGGUGCACUUGGAUCCGCAAUGCUCGUUGUGGUGGCCAUGCCUCAUUUCAACAUUAUCAGCAAUCUCAUGAUACUGAGCAGCAUUCACACAUUGCCCUCAGCGGUGCAAAUAUUUCAUCAGUCUAGAUCUCCAAACUGGAAAAUAACAAUUCCAACAAUUUCUCUUGUUUUACUCAUAAUCGGUCACAUUUUGUUCGCUAUUGGGUACCUUUUAGAGACAAAGUACGAUUUAAAAAUAUACGUCAGCAUUGCCAUAUUGGCAACCAUUUUAGUGUCAUUGACUUGGUAUGAAAAUUUACUCCUCCUCCUUCAAAAAACAACAUUUCAUCACGUGGAACCAGAACAUGACACAAGAAAUGUCCUUUAUAUCUGCAGUAGUGUCGUUAGAAUUGCAGUUACAGCAGUUGUGGUAGGAAGCUACAUUCCUCUGUCAGGUCAUGACUGGAUUCAGUUAGAGUCUAUUGAUCAAAAAGAUCUGAAUUCGCUGCUGGUCCUGCUGGUUAUACAGGCUGUCACCUCUGCAACAUGCCACUGGUUUGGAGUUAUUGCAUGCAAAAUGCAUUAUGUUAAACGAGGUUUUGCUUUACCUCUGAUUUGUACCACACCUGUAGUUUGCAUUGCCUUGUUUAUUGUUUUUGCAGUUCAGUCUAAAAACUUUCCCGACGUGACAACUUUUUGUCAAAAUCUUAAUUACAAUGCCACAAACAGUAUGGUUAACAAUCUGCUUUUAGUGGUUGAACAGAGUAUAUGCGAAACAAUAACGAAAAUGAGCAACAGAAAUAUUGUUAUGCUAUUCAUAUCUGGGAUAUGCUGGUACCUGGGGUUUGUCUUGUGCACACUCUAUGUUUGGACAUUAAAGGUGCAAAGGAUAGAGAGAACAACCCAGCUGUUUGUCCGUCGCCUUUACGAAGCUGCUUAUAUUGAUCAAUCAAUGCUGCUAAACACAAGAUAUAAGUUACAGAAGCCUUCUAAGAGUGAACCAAAUCAAAGCUCAGCUGGAAAGGUCAUGGUGUAUUUAUGUGCUACAAUGUGGCAUGAGAACUUCGAUGAAAUGCUAAAAAUUCUUACUUCACUAUUCAGAUUAGACAAAUAUAAAUCAAAUAUGAAGAAGGAUACUUUGGACUUUGAAGCCCACAUUUAUUUUGAUGAUGCGUUUGUGGAAGAUACAAAAACCCAAACUGGCAAAAAGAAAAGAUAUGUCAAUAUGUAUGUGGAAUAUUUAAUUUCUGCAUUUGAGGAAGUGCACAAGGUUUUUGCUAGCAACAAGACAGACAUGUUUUCAAGAAAUAACAUAUCAGGUUGCAGAUACCAAAAGAUUAUGGGAACUCCUUAUGGUGGAAGAAUUUGCUACACCCUGCCACAUGGGAAUCUCCUUUAUGUACAUCUGAAAGAUAAACAAAGAAUUCGUCAUAAGAAGAGAUGGUCUCAGAUUAUGUACAUGUUCUAUCUGCUGGGAUGGAAACUAUUUCGUAAAUAUGAUAUUUUAGCUGAGAAAGCCACAAACCCCACUGAAAAAGAACAUGUUGGAAACAAUCUUGAGAAUGAGAAACAUAAUACUUAUGUAUUAGCCCUGGAUGGAGACACUGAUUUCCAACCAUCAUCAUUAAUGUUACUUGUGGAUCGUCUUAGGAGGUAUCCUGGUGUUGGAGCAGCUUGUGGAAGAAUACAUCCAACUGGAAUGGGACCCAUGGUCUGGUACCAGAAAUUUGAGUAUGCUGUUGGACACUGGCUGCAGAAGUCCUCAGAACAUGUCUUUGGUUGUGUCCUUUGCAGCCCCGGAUGCUUUAGUUUGUUCAGAGCAUCUGCAUUAAUGGAUGACAAUGUACUAAAAAUGUACAGUACAAAAGCCACAGAAGCUGCACAUUAUGUUCAAUAUGACCAAGGAGAGGAUCGAUGGCUUUGUACAUUGCUCUUACAGCAAGGCUGGCGCGUAGAAUAUAAUGCUGCAUCAGAUGCUUACACAAAUGCCCCGCAAGAGUUUGUGGAAUUUUACAAUCAACGAAGACGAUGGGGACCUUCUACCAUGGCAAAUACGAUGGACCUACUACAUACUGGAGUACGAACAGCCAAGAAAAAUCCAUCUCUUUCACUUUUAUAUAUUCUGUACCAGACAUUAGCUACAGGGGCUUCAAUUUUAAGUCCUGCAACAGUUUGUCUGAUGAUUGCAGGGGCAUUUUCUUUUGUUUUUGAACUUGAUACAAAGUUAAGUCUAUUUUUAGCAGUUUUGCCACCGGCAAUAUAUAUUAUCAUUUGUUUUGUGGCAAAGCCAAAUACACAAAUAGCAAUUGCUGCACUUCUCAGCAUUGGGUAUGCAUUCUUAAUGACGGCUACUUUCCUGAGCAUUAUAGGUGGCAUAGUGAAGGACAACACAAUCUUGACACCCACAGGCAUGUUUCUUAUAGCUAUGAGUCUGAUAUAUAUCAUCACAGCUUUGCUGCAUCCACGAGAAUUCCCCUUGCUGAUCUAUGGGCUUCUCUAUAUUAUAUGUGUUCCUAGUGGCUACCUUCUGUUAACGAUAUAUUCUCUCGUUAACAUGCACGUAGUCUCAUGGGGUACACGAGAGUCAGCAGCCCCAAAAGCUAAAAAGAAAGAAAACAACAAAAAGGUUAAAUAUCAAAAGACAUGUAAAUGCUUUUGUUGGGAAGUUGAAGUACAAGUCCAUGAGAAGAAGAAUGCAAAUUCUGAAAAGGAAGAAAGUAAAGAAAAUGAUGACUCAUCACUGAUGGCUACACAAAGUCAAGAAAAUAAAAGUUUGGUGGCAAAUCAAGAAGAUUGUGGUUAUGAAGAAAAUUGGAUUACACAACUUCAGCAGAAGUCAAAUUACAAUGUGCUGCAAGAAGAAGACCUACCACAGGAGGAAAUGCCAUUUUGGGAGGAAGUUAUUAAAAGUUACUUGGAGCCACUCAAGGAAGACAAACAAAAACAGGAUGAAAUUGAGAGAGACCUAAAAUCCCUGAGAUGCAAAGUUACAUUUGUUUUCUUCAUGAUUAAUUUGCUGUGGAUUGUUGCAACAUUUUUCCUUCAGCUGAUAGGAUCUACUGUUUGCAUAACGAUCCCCAAAGUUUAUUACAAUGGGACUGUUUCAUCCACUGAAUUCUUCUUGGUGGAACCAGUUGGAUUAAUGUUUUUGCUUUCAUUUGCUGUCUUGAUUAUACUACAGUUCCUGGGACUUAUAUACCACAGGAUCUAUACCCUGAUUCACUUCAUUGCCUACACAGGAACAGAAGAGCAGGUAAAACACAAGGUACAUGCUAGUCAAAGCAAAACUGAAAGCACAAUAACAAACAACGUUUAUGAAAACCCUGCUGCAAUAAGUGAAGUUGAACCUGAAAAUAUUUAUCACGUAUGACAGUUGUAGAUCUGAAUAACCUGAUUAAAGGAAAACAUGAAUGCUAUAUAUUUGCAUAUCUCACAUAACGUUAUAUGUUUGAAAUCCAUGUGCAUUUUUUAAAUGGGCAGAAAGGUGAAAAAGUAAAAAUGCUUUAUGAUAUUUUAGGAUAAUAUUCUUCUGUUCUGUUUUAAGGUGGCCUUACAGCAGUGAGUUAAGAUUCAGCUUUUGUAGGGAACCUUAAACGAUCCCAUAAAUCGAAAAAAAAUUAAAUAUUUCCAAACAUCAUGUCGUGAAUCUAUAAAAUCAUUUACAUCCUAUAUAGCUAAUGUUUUCCUUUAACAUAUUUAAUAUAUUUAAUAUAUGUAUUUUGCAUCAAAAAUAUGUAUUUAAAAUAAAAGAGGGGUUUACUGAAAUGAAAUGCCUUGCUCAGGUAUACAAUUAACAAGGGGGUUUACAAUUAAACAGUGCAAUAAUACAUUAAAGUAUUUUGGUGGCUUUCCAUUUUAUUGAUCUGUUCUUUUAAUUAAGAAAAAAGGCAAUAAUGAAAAAAAUUUAAAGUUGUUCAAAGUAUACAAUUAUCUAUAUUUAAGCUUUUGAGAGAAAUCAUUACUUUAUGAGAAAUCAGUCAAUUUAAUGGUGUUCCACUGUUUUUGUUAUCUGUUUUUUCAUACACAGGCUUAUUUAUUUAGCAUAUAUUUUAAUAAAAUUGUGACAUUCAACUGUUAA